UACAUCAAACAUUUACAAUUUUCAGCUAGUUUGAGUUCAUUUAGUUUACAUAAUCAUGAAUAAGAAACUUUCGCCCGAAGAUGCAUUCUAUGAAAAUUUAACACUAGGUCUUACCAAAACUCUAUCAAAUGUGCCACGGGUUUGCAAUGUGAACUUGGAGCGUCGUCAACCUCUAAAUACCUGCCAGGUUGUAAACUGGGAGCAGCGUCAUUGUGUCUACUUGCCGGAGGAUAUGAAAAAGUUCUAUCUGUCCACAGAUGGAUUUGUGCUCAACUGGAGCUAUCAGUAUGCGCCUAAUGACAUACGCUGCGUGGGUUACAUACACUUUCCGCAUCUACUGCAAGUCACGUUGCUGCGGGAGAAUAUUGAAAACACCUAUACGGGUCUGGCAAGUGCCAGCAGCUCGAGCUUAAGUGGCGCCACAAACAGUGCAGCGGUGGUUAAGGACAAGUGGGAUAAUCCGGUGCCCAUUAUAACAGCGCGCACAAAAAUCUUUGAAAUCAACAAUGUCAAUGAAAUGGCCAAGGUCUGCAUGCUCUAUGACUCAACGAGCUCGAACAAUCCGCGCUUUUAUCUACUGGAACUGGCUACGCUUAGCUGGCAAUUUCUGGCGGAGACUUUCAGUGAAUACUUGCGCAUGGCCAUUGCACACUUGGGUCUUCCCUACUGGGAGUUGUGCUUCUCCAGCUUUGGUCUGCCAUCUUGGACUGAGCAGUUGUUCUUGCUUCUGGCGCCCCAUCUGCUAGAGAAGCAUGAGCUACGUCGCGGACGCGUCAUUAAUCCAGCCUGCGAGCAUCCCUACAACAUCAUAGAUCCAAACAUAUUCCGUGGGAAGCCGAAGAGCGUAGCUAAGGUGCCUGCAAAUAGUAGCAAGCCCCACAACAAAUGAAGUUGCUUAGAAAAUGUGAACUGUGUUUAUUCUGUAGAAAUGCAUGAAACAAAAAAAAAAGAAAGCUUAAAUUAUACUGCACAUGAUUUUGAGGUGC